AUGUUACAACCAUAUAGGCUACAGGGUGGCAUACGAUCAUUCACUACGCGCACCACUUUACUUCAAAAGUUCCUCACCCCAAAUGAAUUAAUUUCCAAAACUAAACAACAACAACUCGAAUCUCAACAAUUUCAAUCACAAUUGCGUCAAAAUCAAAACUCAUAUUCACCCAAAACAUUAAGUUCUCACGCCACAUUCCCAGAAAACCACAAGCGUCCGAUUCCUCUUAAUGUUGAACUAUUACAAUACAAACCGUUGAGAUUACCACAAACUCAUGGUGAUGAAGUAGCCACAUUAAGCUUAAAAGGUUAUAAUGAAGAUGAUUUAAUUCGUAUGGGUGAAUUUGCAUUACGAGCAGCUUAUUACUUGGGUAUCCCCAUGUCGAAAUUGACUUCACUCAAAACUGAAAAGAGAUUAUAUACCGUUAUUAAAUCACCUUUUGCUCAAGCGAAAACAAAACAAAAUUUCCAUCGAAUUACGUAUAAUAAACAAUUGGUUGCAUAUGAUGCUAACUCGGAAAUUGUUGAUUUAUGGUUGAGUUAUGUAAACAGGUACAAGUUGCAAACUGUUGAUAUGAAUGCCACUGUUGUGGCGAGGGAAGGAUUGAAUUAUAAUGAAGAAUUGGCUAAAUUGGAAGAAUUUGAAUUGCCUGAUGCGUAUGAAGGGUUGGAAGAUCCAGUUGCUCAAAAAGUUAAAGAGUUGUUACAAUUGGAUGAGUUUAAGAGAACUUUAUAA